UUGUUUAUUUUUUUUAUCAUUUCUGAUGAUCACAUUUAUUAAUGUACUUUGUUUCCGUUUGGUUGUAAUUGAUUGAUUUUCUUCUCUCCUCCGUUAUUGGAAAUUAAAUUCAUAUGUGAUCAACUUAAUUCAUUGGUUAAUUUAUUAUGAAUCGCAUAAUCGUUUGUUGUCAUCUUGCUUCUUUGCCUUAAAUUGUGAGUAUAGUUUAUUUUAAAAGUAAAUAAGACUUAUUAAAACUUUUAAUUAAGUUUCUAAAACAAAUGAAUCUAAAUUAUCUCAGUGUUUAAUUAUUUCAUCGUUAAUCACCAUCUCUUAAGUUAAAACCACAACGAAAUUGUUAAUCGUGACAACCAUUUUUCUUUGAAAAGUCACAAAGUGUUUGUCUUCAAUUUCAUUUCUAAAAUGAGUGAAUUUAAAUUAACUCGAUGUUUAAUUGUCUCACUAGUGAUCAGUUUAUCACUAAUUAAACCAACAUCCCAGUUGUUUUCAGCCGCGGGUCUAGCUAAUUUCUUGAAAUCUAUUCCGAGAGCAUUAGCUAAUGUAUUUAUGGAUAUCGGUGAAAAAUCUCCAGAAUGUCCAAAUAUAAUCGCAACGGCUCUCACCACUUGUGAAAAGCCACUUUUGCGGAAACUUGGUGAAAUUAAACACCUAAUGGAAAAAGGUUCAAAUUCUUAUUCCGACUGUUGCUACUAUGCUCAGUUUCAUCAUUGUGUGAUUUUCAAGGUAAAGCAUCAGUGUCAACAAUAUAUCGUUGAAGUUAUUGUUCUAACAGAAUAUUCGAAUUUGGUAGUAGAUUGUUCAGAAUAUCAUCAUGGAAAUCUAAUAUGUCGCAUCAUUGAUCACCAGAAAACAAUCAUUUCGAUCGCUGUUAUUUUGGUUCUUUUAAUAAUUGGAUUAGGUUGUUACAUACAUUUUCGAAAAAUCUAGGAUUAAAUCUCAUCAAUCUCCUCCAAAAGUAAAACCAGGAAUACAAAAUCAAGUUAAUUUCUUUUCCAAUCUCGAAAACAAUGCAAAUGUUAAAGUCACAAAACAAUCACUUGAUCCACAAUUCACUCCCUCACUUAUUACCAUUAAUUUAAAUACUUCCUAAGUUCCAAUGAUUUAAACAAAUGAAAAAACUUUUUCACUUACAAUCAAUCAUUUGAAUCUCCACAAGAGUGUAAAAUGGAUAACUUACUUGGAGGAGACUAAUCAGCUCAAAUAAACUGUGUUUCGAAAAAGACUUGAACACUUUUCGAAGCUAUUGCAAGAUCGGUUUAAGUUUCUCCGAUUUUCUUACUGCCAAAUACUCUGAAAGGUUACAAAUUAAUACAUAACAAAUUCAGAAAAGAAAAUUCCGAACCAAUUUUAUUUUCUUAACAACGUUAUUUGUAUCAAAUUUGAUUUUCACAAUUAAAAUAUUAUCUCUUUAAUAUCCGUAAUUAAAAACUCACGCAAAAUAUGAGAAAACAUCAAAGUGUUCAAUAGUCUCAAAUAAUUUCCAAUAAUCUAAAUUCACGAUUUA